CAACAAAAUGAAUCUCCGUUCUACAAGCAGUGCGCCUUUUUUGUAAAAGGAAUAUUUCGUUCGGUUUUCAAUUCUGCUGCAAAAUACGGCUGAUGCAACGCGGUGAAAAUACGUUUGUUUAUUUUUAUUGUUCAAUGUAAUUGCACUUUGCUCAGAAACGUUCAUUUUUUUACCUCAAGAUUUAUUGCACCAUAGAAUAGUAAGGUUACUGCUAUAAUAUCGUAAUGUCGGUGUACUGAUACUAUAUAUAAGCAGCACGUUUUAAGAUUUAGUAACAUUCUUUUCCUUUGCAGUAUAAAAUGUCUAUAACCAGUGCAACAUUUUUCUAUAAUUCAGUGCAACAUUUUACCUGUUUUUUUUCAUUUAAAAUAGCUUUCAUUUGUCAAUUAUAAUAAAAUUUAUUGAAUUUUCUACAGGUUUAUAAAACAUGCCAUGAUUUUGUUGUAACUUGUGCAAACUGAGCUUGUUGUUAAGGUGAGCCGUUCCUAUCUGCAAAGAAACGGAAUAGAAAUCAUAUACUUUUCACAAAAACGAUAAAAUAUUUGCAAAAGUUAUCGAAAACAUGGAAAGUGUUGUAGUGGCCAAACAGAACGGUCAUGCAGUGCGAACAUUAAGUGCUGACUCGAACAGAAGUAAAAAUUCCACAUCAAGCAAAAACACUUCUGACAACCUUUUCGCGCCAACAGCUAACGACAAUGGGUUCCAUGAUGAAUAUGAUUUGGAUGAUGAUUUGCUUGGAUUAUCAAAAGAUAUCCUUGUGAGCCCAGAUGACGAUGAAUACGAUCUUUUAAUGCGACAGUUGCGACAGAGGCUGCUGGAAAACCAUGGAGAAUGUGUUUAUACCAUUGGUGAAUCAGAUACCAGUGAUGAAGUUGGAUUGUCAGAGGAAGAACUACAAGCUUCACUUGCCACCCUCAAAAGUUUGGCUGAAACUCUCAACUGUGAUUGCACGCUACUACGAGAGAGGUCAGCUGACCAAGGAAAGGUUGAGGAAUAUCUUAUCAGGAGAAGAUUUGAAGAGAAUGAUUUCCUGGAAGUCAAAGUAGCAGUGGUUGGUAACGUAGAUGCCGGCAAAUCCACGUUACUAGGCGUGUUAACCCACUGUGAGCUCGACAACGGACGAGGAUAUUCACGACAAAAACUUUUCCGCCACAAACACGAGGUCGAGUCAGGUCGCACGAGCAGCAUCGGGAACGAGAUCCUCGGGUUCAGUAGCAAUGGCUCGGUUGUCAAUCAACCCAACCCUCAUGCCGGUCAUAUAGAUUGGAGCGACAUAUGUCAACAAUCAUCUAAGGUUAUCACAUUCGUGGAUUUAGCGGGCCAUGAAAGAUAUCUUAAAACCACUGUAUUUGGAAUGACUGGUCACCUGCCCGACUUCUGUAUGCUAAUGGUUGGUAGCAAUGCUGGUAUCAUUGGAACCACCAAGGAACACUUAGGACUCGCUCUUGCAUUGAACGUACCUGUAUUUGUGGUGGUCACCAAGAUCGACAUGUGUCCCGAGAAUAUCCUACAGGAAACUUUAAAACUUCUCGUGAAGAUCCUUAAGUCGCCGGGUUGUAGAAAGAUACCUGUACUUGUGUCAACCAAAGAUGACGUCAUCGUUACGGCGACCAACUUCACUUCUGAAAGAGUUUGCCCCAUUUUCCAAAUCAGCAAUGUCACGGGACAAAAUAUCGAUUUGCUGAAAAUGUUUUUAAAUUUACUCAACUGUAGAACUAAGUUUGACGACAAGGUGUUGCCAGAGUUUCUAAUAGACGACACCUUCUCUGUCCCAGGUGUAGGGACAGUGGUGUCGGGCACAGUGAUGAAGGGAAUCAUCAAUUCUGGUGACGUGUUAUUACUUGGACCCGAUCUGUUGGGUAAGUUUGAUCCUGCUCAAGUGAAAAGCAUUCACAGGAAGAGAAUGCCGGUCAAGGAUGUGAGAGCGGGACAGACUGCUGCGUUUGCGUUGAAAAAGGUGAAACGAUCCAGUAUCCGCAAAGGAAUGGUGAUGGUUCAUCCCAAGAGCAAUCCACAAGCUGUAUGGGAGUACAUGGGAGAGGUCCUCGUGCUUCAUCAUCCCACGACUAUUAGUUCAAAAUAUCAAGCCAUGGUUCACUGUGGUAGCAUACGUCAAACAGCAAGCAUCUUACACAUGAACAAGGAACAUCUAAGGACGGGAGACAAAGCUUCCGUCCAUUUCCGUUUCUUAAAAAAUCCAGAGUUCAUUAAACCUGGCACCAAGUUUGUCUUCCGUGAAGGCAGAACCAAAGCAGUCGGGACGAUAACGGAGCUCCUUAAAGACGCUCCUGCCUACCAAAGCCACCUCAAGCGCUCAGCCAAGUUGAGGCAGCAGGGAAGGCUUGGGAUCAACACCAACACUACUGAACCCACCACUUCAAGCACCAGGAGAGGAGGGCGUCGGUGGGCAAACCGUAACCACUGCGACCCUGAACCUGAACCAACAACUUCGAAGGAAUGAACCAACUCCAUUGUAGAGUUGUUGUCGUUUUUGUUUUUACUUGACAGAUGUUUUGUUUUCGUGUCACAGUAAGUGAAGGACUGCCUGAGGUUUUACAACAAUUUAUGUUUUGUCUUGUAAACUAAAAUAGAUUUUUAUUGUUUAUGUAAUGGUGUGUAGACUUUGUCCAGGUUUUGUUGGCUUCAAAUAAAUCUCAUUGAAACUUAUUUGACAAACAUUCUUUCGAUUUCUUUGGAUUGUUUAUUAUUGUAAAUAAACCUUCUUUUGGUACAA